AUGGCCGCAGCAGCUUCUGCGCGUCUUCUCCAGUUUAGGGGGCUCGUUGCCUUGCGCCCUGCUGCUGCUCCUCCACGGCAGUGCAUUGCUGCUGCAGCCGCAGGUGCUGCCGUUGCUGCUGCACCAGCAGCCAGCUGCUGCAGCAGUAGCGGGACAAAUGGCCUGAUUCUUGCUGCAUCGUUACCCCGCAUCGGUGGCCACCUGCGGCACAGACUGCAACAGCAGCAGCUGCUGCUGCUGCUCAGUGCAGAACCCGCAGCAGCGGCAGCGGCAGCAACAGCAGCAGCAGUGUCUGCUGCUGACGUUUCCUCCUCUUCUCUGUUUCGACAACAACACCGGCUGCUGCAUCUCUCUGCUGGACGGCGGCAGCGCGACGCACCCGAUCAGGCACCCAAGCGGGAGCAACCAGCAGCUGCUGCAGCUCCUGCUGCUGCUGCUGCUGAGUGCCACCACCCCGCUCCCUUUGCUGCUACAGGCGUUCAUGUUAUUCCUGAAGAAACGGAGGCCCCACUGCACCUGCGGUCAGGCUUCACUGCAGCGCCGCCAGUGCUCCUGUUUGGGGCGGUGUCAGUUUCUCCUGUUAUUGCUGCUGCAUUGAUAUUUAAGUCGCUGCUGCAGCAGCGGCAGGAGCAGCAGGAGGACGCAACGGCAGCAGCUGAAGAAGGGGAAGCAGCUCUCAAAAGGGCGCAGCAGAUUGUGGCGAAUUCUCUGUCCUGUAUCUGCAUAGCAGGAGGAUCGCAGGACUGUCGCAUCGCCUCCAUAUGUGUGGAGCCUCAUUUGCCUGAGAGCCGCGUGCUGCGUCUUCCGUCUAAGGAAGUGAUUAAAGGCAUUGAGAACAACGCCUUGACGUACCUCCUAGCAGGGGAACGCAGCUCCUUCAGUCUUCCCUUCAAUUUCAUUCACUUUGCCCUCAGCAGCAACUCCCAGGUGUACGCACAGCUGCAGCAGGGACAGCCCCUGGCACUGCUUUAUGUCGACGCCACAACGGGAGACAGUUUGCUGCUAACGGGCGUCGCAGCUGUAGUUGAGGCGGCCCCUUACAAGGCCCACUACUGGAGGAGUUGCUGGGCCGCAGCACUACCAGAGGGUCGUCAUAGCGCGGACUACAAGCUGGUGAAGUUUGUCCCCAACACCAUUGCAAUUGACUUGGCCAUUCGAGGCGCAGCGAAGUGGAGGCCCAUCAAACUGCACCGGGUUAUAACGAAAGAAGACAUACACUGGAAACUAGAAAAACAGACAGAAGACAACGCUUCGUGA